AUGUCUGUUGAGGAAGUGAGCCAGAAAUUCGAGGAAAGCGUCGCUGUGAGCGAGGAGAAGGAGCCAAAGACGGUGCUGUCAGACAGCCAAUUCGAUGUCAAACACCCUCUGAACACAAAAUGGACUCUGUGGUAUACGAAACCCGCCGUGGAGCAAUCGGAGUCGUGGUCGGACUUGCUGCGUCCAGUGACGUCUUUUGAAACCGUGGAGGAGUUCUGGGCGAUCGUACAGAACAUCCCCGAGCCACACGAAUUGCCUCUCAAGUCGGACUACCAUGCGUUCCGCAACGAUAUCAGACCAGAAUGGGAGGACGAGGCAAACGCCAAGGGUGGCAAAUGGUCGUACCAGGUCAAGGCCAAGCGUGCCGACAUCGACGAGUUGUGGCUGAGGACCCUGCUCGCUGUGAUCGGCGAGACCAUCGACGAGGACGAAUCGGAGAUCAACGGCGUGGUGUUGAACGUGAGAAAGGGUGGUUACAAAUUCGCAUUGUGGACAAAGUCCGAGAAUAAAGAGGCUCUCUGUAAUAUCGGUGCCAGGUUCAAGCAGGUACUAAAGUUGGGUGACGACGAUCACAUCGAGUUCUUCCCCCAUUCUGCAGCUAAUGCAAAGCAUCACCAACCAUCCAUUACUUUGUAA